AUGCCGAAAUACUUUGACAUCGGCGCGAAUUUAACGGAUCCCGUGUUUACUGGGAUAUACCGAGGAAAUAGAAAGCACGAGGAUGAUUUCGAUCGUAUUAUAAAGCGGGCUACUGACGUUGGCGUUUCUGGUUAUUUGGUCACAGGUGGAACUUACCACGACUCGGAAGACGCCCUUAAAAUAGCUGAAAAACUACCUGGCGGAUUUUCAACGGUAGGGGUCCAUCCAACCCGCUGCAACGAAAUCGAAAUGUCUGGCUACCCAGAGAUCUACUUUAACAUGCUUGCCGAUCUAGCAAAGAAUGAACGAGUAAAGGCGAUUGGCGAGUGUGGCCUUGAUUACGAUAGACUUCAGUUUUGCGAGAAAGAAACGCAAAAGAAAUAUUUUGAAAGGCAGCUCAGCCUCUCAAAGGAUAGCGGAAAGCCUCUCUUCCUCCAUAUGAGGGCAGCAUGUGAAGACAAAAUUGAAGCAGGAGGAGUUGUGCAUUCAUUCGACGGAACUGAAGCUGAGAGAGACAGAAUUCUAAAUGAAACGAAGUUCUACAUUGGAAUCAACGGCUGUAGCCUCAAAACGCAAGAAAACUUGAAAGUAGUGAAAAACAUUCCGCUCGAGCGUUUGAUGAUAGAAACCGACUGCCCUUGGUGCGAAGUCAAAGCAUCCCACGCUGGUCACAACCUGAUCAAGACGACUUUCCCGACCAAGAAUGCACCGAAGAAAUGGGCAGACGGACAUACCGUGAAAGGACGCUCGGAGCCGUGCCACAUCGUACAGAUCGUCGAAAUUAUCGCUGCGCUAAAAGAAGUAGAGCCGAAUGAAGUGGCUGAUGCGGCAUGGGCAAACUCACUGCGACUUUUUAAGCUGGACUUAGAGUGA